AUGAUCAACCCCAACCCUGCUCAAUACUCCAUCGUGCCCGCUUCGCUUCAUCCAAGUCUCCAGCAUCUACCUAAUCCCUCGACAUCCACCGUUGCGACCGCGCCUGUCCCGUCUCCCAUCACCUCGGCACCCCCAAGCGAUCAAGCAAGAACCUCUCCUUCCGGGAGCUUAGGAACCGCUCCUGGGAAGAAGGCCAAAUAUCCCUGUCCAUAUGCGCAGUCACAUAACUGUCAAGCAACCUUCAGCACCGCCGGCCAUGCGGCGCGUCACGGAAAGAAACACACGGAAGAGAAAGAUACACGGCACACUCACAAGGGCGCGUCUGCAUCGGGCAGCGCAAGCGAUGGGUCGACGUGUAAAAGCAAGACCGCCAUCACCGAAGACGCGCAGAGGGCCAAACAACACAAAAAGCUGGACAAGAUCAAGGCAGAAGCCAGCCGUCGAUCCAGUUUGAUCCAGCCACCGUUGUCCGAGGCCACGUCCAUUGCACCGACAGCCAUCGACACCCCUCUCAAUGUCGAUGAGUCUGCCUUCUACCACGACCCACCUCAGGUGCUUAUGCCUAUCCAGACUAUCCCAGAGAGUGUAUCUCCCAGCUCUGUUUACCCGCCUCUAGACGACGAUCCUCUGUUGAACAGCACUCCCCUCGGACAAAUGCAUACCUUGGGCAAAUCGAACGAUCACACCCUGGCAGGCAGUGGCCUGUUGCCACCCAUGCCAGCCCUGACCCGUGGGUUUUCCGAUCUGGACACCCUUGCGCAGGCCGCCGAAAGAUUCGACACGUCCUUCUACCACCAAACUUUGUAA